AUGAAGGAGAGGGUCUUCCCGCUAAAUUUCACUUUUUCGGAUUCGGACCAAUCACAUUUCACUCAACCCUACACCAACACCCUUACCAUGGCAACAGGUCAACUUCCUCCCCAGGACACGAUAACGCAAGAUGACAAAGCUUUAACGGAUGGUGUCACCUAUGAUGGCGUCACUUAUCGUGCUACACGUGCAUUGUCAGCUGAUGCAGAAAUUACCAAGGUCAACUUUUCUCACCUACCAUUUCUUGCACAAGAUGUCAUCGAGCAAGUAUUGAAAAACGCCAUGAGUGCCUAUGGUCGUGUCUGCCAAAUCCGCCUAUACGUUGAACCUGAAUCUGAAACCUUCGAAGGAGAGGCUACCGUCAUUUUGGACACAUCCACACCUUCGGGUGCCAUGUUAAUGGAUGAUAAGCCCUACUAUAGACCACUCACCCGCCUUAUCCCCAUUGAGGUUUGGGAUGAUGUGUUCCGCCUCAUGGAAAACGCACCUCCUCUUUGCCGUUAUUGCAACACUCAAGGUCAUCGCAAGAUGGAAUGCCCCAAACUUCAAGAACUCACUUGCUUCCACUGCCACCAAAAAGGCCAUUUUCGUCGACAUUGUCCUGUUGUAUACCGUGAACGCCAAGCUGCCAUGGUGGAUUCAUUGACCGAUUCUCAGCUUCUUGACACAAUGAAUGACAACAACGACCCUAUUAUCGACCACGAUCAGCAUCAGCACACGCCAACACCUAAGAAACCAAAACUUGAUACAGCAUCCAGCACACGUGUCACACGCAACAUGAGCCAACAACGUUUACAACAAUCCGCUGGGGAAUCACCUGACCCACAGCAUCACCAAUAA